AUGAAGAAGAACUUCUGCUCAAGUUCUGUGCCCCUCUUCCUUUGUAGUUUUCAGUUUAACACCCUGGGCAAGUUCUUUGUGGUGCUGGCGCCUCUGCCCCGCGGCGGCGGCCACCGAGCCACGGGGCCACGGUUUUUAAUAAGUGACCGCGACAGAGACCCUCAGUGUAACCUGCACUGCUCCCGGUCCCAGUCGAAGCCCCUCUGUGCGUCCGACGGCAGAACGUACGAGUCCAUGUGCGACUACCAGAGAGCCAAGUGCCGCGAAGCGAGCCUGAGCGUGACGCACCGCGGCCGCUGCAAAGAUGCUGGCCAAAGCAAGUGUCGAUUAGAGAGAGCUCAAGCGCUGGAACAAGCAAAGAAGCCCCAGGAAGCAGUCUUCAUCCCCGAGUGCAAUGAGGAUGGAUCAUUCACACAGGUGCAGUGCCACACCUACACUGGAUACUGCUGGUGCGUGACGCCCGACGGGAAGCCCAUCAGCGGCUCCUCUGUGCAGAACAAAACUCCUGUAUGUUCAGGUUCUGUAACUGAUAAACCAUCAAGCCAGGGUAACUCGGGAAGGAAAGAUGACGGUUCGAAGCCAACGCCUACCAUGGAAACGCAGCCAAUUUUUGAUGGAGAAGAAAUCACGGCUCCCACCCUUUGGAUUAAGCACUUGGUCAUCAAAGAUUCGAAGCUGAACAGUUCCAGUAUAAGGAAUUCAGAGAAAGUUCAUUCAUGCGACCAGGAAAGACAGAGCGCCCUGGAAGAGGCGAGGCAGAACCCUCGAGAGGGCAUCGUCAUCCCCGAGUGUGCUCCAGGAGGGCUCUACAAACCUGUGCAGUGCCACCAGUCCACUGGGUACUGCUGGUGUGUCCUGGUGGACACAGGACGCCCCCUGCCCGGUACUUCUACUCGCUAUGAAACCCCGGUGUGUGAAAGUGAUGCCAGAUCGAAGAGCACAGAGAUUGAUGAUCCAUUCAAGGACAGAGAACUUCCAGGCUGCCCAGAAGGGAAGAAAGUCGAGUUUAUUACCAGCUUACUUGAUGCACUCACUACGGACAUGGUACAGGCGAUCAACUCAGCAGCACCUGCUGCCGGUGGGAGGUUCUCUGAGCCAGACCCCAGCCACACGCUAGAGGAGCGAGUGGUGCAUUGGUACUUCAGCCAGCUGGACAACAACAGCAGCAGUGACAUCAACAAGCGGGAGCUGAAGCCCUUCAAGCGUUACGUGAAGAAGAAAGCCAAGCCCAAGAAAUGUGCCCGACGUUUCACUGACUACUGUGACCUCAACAAAGACAAGUCUAUCUCACUGCAGGAGUUGAAGGGCUGCUUGGGCGUAAGCAAGGAAGGAGGUAGCCUGAGCAGUUUCCCCAGUGGAAAAAGACAAGGCCUUAACCCCUUCAUAGGCCGCCUGGUGUAGGAGCAGAAGCGGGAAGGCAAGGCAGGAGCCGACCCAAAGGAAAGAGAGACCCAGCAACCGAUGGACAGACACCUUGCUGCUUGUGAGCCAGCAGGCAGCGCCAGCAACAUCCAGCGUGGCAGAAGUGGCACCCAGAACGUUUGCACUUUUUAAUAAUUGGUUUGGGUUUGGGUACGUUUUUAAUCUCUUCUCGAUGCCAUUAUCUAAUACUUUGGAAGGGGGGCGGGAAACAACAGGAUCAAGACUUUCCAAAAUUGGAACAGCUACUGACGACUUAAAAUUGAGUUCCCUGGGACUCAAAGAAAGAGAUUUUUAUAUACUGUAUAUAAAUAUAUAUGUAAAUUGUACAGUUGUCUUGUACAGGGGUUGGAGUCACUGUUCUGUCCCUCCCUUUGCUUUUGAAGGCUAUUAGAGCUAGAGGGACACUUUGCAUUUAAUGGAUACAGCAAUGCAAUGAUUUCUGCUGCCAAGCCAUCCUUUAUUUGCAAACUGAUGUCCUUAACAUCCCUCUGCACAUAGGUACGAGCAUAUCAGCAUGUCUUAUGUUCACAGAUGUUCACACAGUGCCACAGCCAGAUAACAAAUGCUUCCUGGGAGCAGCUGAACCCCAUCAGUUCUAAGUGCAAAGCACUGGGUUUUUGAGAGAACACAGAUUACAUCUAAUUAUUGGUGCACUGCAGAGCUGCGUAAAGUAGGCCCACGGAAGGGUUGUAUUAAGGAAAUAUAAAGGUAGUUUCUGCACCUGUUGCAGUUUGGGCAGAACUGAAUUGCAAAUGCAGGUCCAUGCUGCAAGUAUCUACCAUCUACCAUAGCAAGUAUCUACCAUGUAUGGGGAAUCUAACACUGUAAGGACGUGGGAACUGUAGGUCAUAGUUGAGUCAAGAGAAUAAAGUCCUCUCUGACAAGUUGUUCAUCUGUAUGAUGUAUAACAACAAAAAGGUUGUGAAGUUUGCUAAAACCAGCAUCAGGCUGCCUGUUGUUUUGCUGCAGAGCUAAAAACCUAUUUGUCAGUGCGGAAGGACACAACGAUGCUGGUGUUCCCCGAGAGUCUGAUUUACUUGCCCAUUUGUAGGGGAUAUUCAGCGCAGCUUGCCCCUUCUCAGAUGGGAAUCCUUGUGCCAUUCAUCUUGGGACCAAAAACCUGCAGUCAGAGAUGGCAUCAUGCCAUGCUAAUAUGGGAAUCAGCUCAGCAAUUGCCUGCAGCAGCACUGCGUUACUGUAGAGAUGGGGCUUGCCCCGUAGGGCCUGGCUGCUUUGGUAAAAGAAGCUGUGACAGGGCAUCUUCGUGCUGUGGGGUUGUGAUAGCAUGAGAAACACAGCAGCAGGAGUGUCACCAUGCAGCGAGUUAGAGCCAUGCUGGCAAAACUGGAAGUUAAGAGACUAAACUUCAGUAACUGCUUAAAAUUGGUAAUAGCUCUUAUCAUGGGAAGUAGAUUGGAACUAAUUAAAGCAUUUGACAUGAUUGGGAACACUCUCAUGAUCUCUGAAGUGUACAAUUUGCCAGCUCAAUGUAAAGAAAAACUCUCCUCUUUAACAAGAGCAGCUCCUUUUGCUGGAUCUUCAUGCUUCCUCACAUACAAUAAUAGAUAUAUUUUUGUGGUCUGCCACCUCCCAUCUUCUCAAUUGCAUCAUUUAAGUACUUGGGACAUAUUCUGUGUGUUGAAAUUAUUUGGUUUAGUGUAUAAUUAUAAAUGGCCCUGUUAUUCACUAAUUCUGUUGUAGGAGAGAAGAAUGAAUACCAUUGUAUAAAAAAUCCUCACCUUUUCGUUGUAUGUUAGUUUUAGGA